GGUUUGAGGAGCUACAGCGGCGGCAGCAGCAGGUGCCCCCAUGGCGUCGUUCCGCAUCCGGCAGUACCAGGACCAGGACUACGAGGCCGUGCGGGCUCUGUUCGCCCGCGGCAUCCUGGAGCACGCUCCGGCCGGGUUCCGGCACGUGCUGCGGGCGGCGCGGGUGCGCCUGGCGCUGCUGGCCGUGUUCGUGGCCGCGCGGGCGGCCGCCGGCUCCUGGGUGCUGGGGCUGGGCGCGGUGGCGCUGGCGCUGGUGCUGCUCUGGGUGCUGGUGCGCUCGCUCAGCGCCGAGUACGUGCGCGACGCGCUGGGCACCGACCUGUGCGACGUGGCCGGCUCUUACCUGCGGGCACCCGACCGCUGCUUCUGGGUGGCCGAGGAAGGUGGCGCCGUGGCGGGCAUGGUGGCGGCGGUGCCCGCGGGCCGCGGGGAGCUGGAGCUGAAGAGGAUGUCGGUGAGCCGGGAGCACCGCGGGCGCGGGUUGGCGCGGGCGCUGUGCCGGGAGGUGCUGGCUUUCGCCCGUGCCCGCGGUUACGGCGCCGUGGUGCUCAGCACCUCCAUGGUGCAGGUGGCGGCGCAGCGCCUCUACGAGGGGCAGGGGUUCCGGAGGGUGGGCAGCUCGUACCCCUCGCUGCUGGGCACUUUGCUGAACUUCCAGAUCUUUCAUUACCGCUGUGAUUUAGGGGAUGGCGCCAAGUAG